GACGUCAGAAAUUGGCUGUGUCUUUCCUGGUUGAAUGCUCAACGCUUCUCUCUCCCUCCUGUGCAGUGAAGGGGGGAGUCAGAAAACAAACAAGAAGCGGCGUCAGUAGCAGCGUGGGGCUCUGGUUUAUCCUCCUUCUACUUCACAUCGUUGCCUCUGGACCCCGUGGGAAAAUAUAACAGCGAGAGACUCUGCUGCGAUUUGCUUUAUUUCUACCCUCUUCUGAAUGACGGGCGGACGGUUCGACUUCGACGAUGGAGGCACUUAUUGCGGCGGCUGGGAGGAGGGGAAAGCCCACGGACAUGGCAUUUGCACUGGACCCAAGGGCCAAGGGGAAUACUCCGGGUCCUGGUCACACGGCUUUGAGGUAGUGGGUGUGUACACCUGGCCCAGCGGGAAUACAUAUCAGGGCUACUGGUCACAAGGAAAAAGGCACGGGCUGGGUUUGGAAACCAAAGGAAAGUGGACCUACCGUGGAGAGUGGAGUCAUGGGUUUAAGGGUCGAUAUGGGAUACGACAAAGCCACAAUACACCUGCGAGAUACGAUGGUACAUGGAAUAAUGGUCUUCAGGACGGAUAUGGGGUCGAAACCUACGGGGAUGGAGGUACGUACCAGGGACAGUGGAUGGGAGGAAUGCGACAUGGAUACGGUGUGCGCCAGAGUGUGCCUUACGGGAUGGCUACAAUUAUUCGCUCGCCACUUCGAACAUCCCUCGCCUCGCUUCGCAGCGAGCAGAGCAACGGCACCGCCCUGCACGACAUGUCGGCGGACACCCCCAUCGGGAGCAGGGGGGGAUUCGUCCUGAACUUUCACAGCGAGAGCGAGGUCGUGCCGGGAAAGAAAAAGGGCCUGUUCAGGCGGGGGGCCCUGUUUGGCAGCCUGAAGCAGCUGAAGAAGUCCGAGUCCAAAACGUCCAUAUCGAGCAAGCGCAGCUCCGCGCAGAGCGACGCCGCCAUGAGCCGCAUCAGCUCCAGCGACGCCAACUCCACCAUCAGCUACGGCGACGGCGAGCUCCCGGAGGAGUACGUGCCCACGGAAGACCACGUGGACGCCACCACCACCGAGUCCUACAUGGGCGAGUGGAAGAACGACAAGCGCAACGGCUUCGGCGUCAGCGAGCGCUCCAACGGCAUGAAGUACGAGGGCGAGUGGACCAACAACAAGAGGCACGGCUACGGGUGCACCAUGUUUCCCGACGGCACCAAGGAAGAGGGGAAGUACAAAAACAACGUCCUGGUCCGCGGAAUACGGAAGCAGCUCAUCCCCCUUAAGAACCCCAAAACUAAAGAGAAAGUGGACCGCGCCGUGGAGGGAGCCCAUAGGGCGGCCGCUAUUGCCAAAAUGAAGGUGGAAAUAGCAGUUUCAAGGACGGCACACGCCAGAACCAAGGCAGAGGCUGCUGACCAUGCCGCUCUGUCUGCCAUCCAGGAGUGUGACAUCGCCCGGGCCAUGGCCAGGGAACUGUCCCCCAGCUUCCAUCAGCCAGGCCUUGAAUAUAUCAAGCAGACAUUCACUGAACCUGUGGAGAUCAAAGAAGAGAAAAAGAAAGAAAAGUCCCCAUCAGGAAGUCCUCAUGUCAACCGUAAAGGCAGGACCGCCUCCCACUCCUCAGCCCAAAAACCUCAGGCCACGCCUCCUCCCUCGCCCACCAAGAAGAAGCACCAGCAGGCCAACAGCACCGCCACCCGAAAAGUGAGCAAAGAGGAAAGGCCCGCUGUGGCUGAGAACCCGCCUGCCAAAAUCACAAAGGUGCCCUCCAGGACCUCAGUCGUACAGGAAGUGGCCCCGCCUAAACCUCCCAAAAAAACAGAGCCUGUCAAUCCAGGCAAUGGACAACUGCACACCCAGUAUCACAGUUACUACGUGAAGACCCAAAAGGCCCUCCCUCCCCCAGAACCCGAGGAGGACGAGGAGCGCGAGCUGAGCCAAUCUGCCCUCGCCCGGAUGCCACCGCCCCCAAAGCAGCUCAUGGCGCCCAGUCCCAAACCCCCGAUGGCAAAGCCUGCUGCCAAAGACAGCAAGCCUGAGGCCAAACUCAGGAAACAAGAUUCUCUGAAGCCAAAGAGCCUAGCAGAAACUAAGAAGGCCAGCAUGGAAAUCACCAGCGACUUCAUAGAGGACGAAUCAGGUCCUAACUCAAUUUUGGUUGCCCUUGUAAUGCUGUUGAAUAUUGGUUUAGCAAUCAUUUUUGUCCAUUUCCUGACAUGAGGGAAACACAGCUCAGCGAAGUCAUGACAACUAGUGGCCUUGGCCCUAAUUCUCUGCGGUUGUGUCAACGUCUUUUAAAAAAAAAAAAAGAAAGAACCUGGCGGCAGUCAUACUCAGACACAGGCAGAGAAGGAUGGGGAGUAGAGUGAAACGCAGGAGAAAGAUGAGACUCGGAACAUUCAGUCGGGGGCCACUAAGCUCCCAGCCGAUGAUUUGUGGCUCUUUUGGGGGUCCAGUGAAAGCUGAAGCAAGCAGUCGCGUUGGGAAAACCCAAAAAAAAAAUCUGCUGAUCAAAGCCCUAACCACUGAAGUGCAUGGCUACUCCAUCUGCCCUGGCGGGGAGAGGGACUUAACUUGGAAAUGUACGGAGAUGCACUUUUAGUUGACGGAAGGUAACAGCUGCCUUACUAUUUUACCGUCUGACGUUUUAGUGGCGAGAUGUACAAGCGGCUGCCAGAGGAAUUCGCUCAGAGGACUUUGCUGCAGAGGGAGAGUGUUCCAGUGCACACUCUUCGCUCAAUAGGAGAAAUCGAACACGCCUAACAGCGUCAGCCGCCUGUCUUAUUCCAUUACCUUCUGCCGCAGCUUCUCCUAACAUCAACCUUUUUUUCCCCCUUUUUUGGAGACCCUGACGAGGCACGCCCAUGCAUGGUACCGUUUUUUUGUUUUUUUUUGUUUUUGUUUUGUUGUUGCUUUUCUUUUCCUUUUAUAAUUUUUUUUUCAGCCUUAAGACAGUCUAAAAUCGUCUGCUUGGAGUGUGACAAAUUUAUAUUGACUUUCGUCAAGAGUUUUCCCCCUUUUUGGUAUCAUAACUAUUGUCAUUACAAUUCAUAUGGUUCUAAUUUUGAUGAAAGUGCAAUAUGUUUUAUUUUUUUAAAAGAGGGAUUUAUUUUACCAAUGAAGGGUUUCUAGUAAUUGACCAUUUUAACUGUAGUAGAAAUUAUAUUUAUUAAAAAACCUCAUUCAUUUGUCAUACUACAUAAAACACGAAACACCUCAUUCAAAUUAACAUGGGAAAAAGAACUGAUUAUUUGGAUUGCCUGUAUGAAAGCCUGCUCUUGUAGUCAGUAGAAACACAAUGUGAAUGAAUUUUAAAGUCUUAUACAAUUAUGUUAUUUAUUGAUUUUAAAAUAAUAAUACUUCAAAUAAACUGUCAUCAUGUUGUUACAAAAGCAUAGACUACUGAGCAUGGGGUUUAUUUUCUUUUUCUAUAAAUGAUUUUAAUUUCUGCUUCCAUUAUUGCACCAUUAAUCUGUGAAAGUCUGGUUAGCAGUUAGCCAGAUUGGUGAAACACCUCUAGUUCUGAACUUGUGCUCGCUUGCAUGUUUGUGAGAUUGGAAAUUCAUUCCCACCCCCCCAACCCCCCAACCCCCCCACCCCCCCACCCCAACACCCCACCCCACCAGAAUAUUGUACUAGAAACAUCAGGUCGAGCCAGUAGCCACAUGGGAAUGAAUAUAGUUCUACUGUUCUUCUCAAAGGUCGGACAAAACCAGACUUAGUGUUUGUCUUAGUUCUGUGACGAGGAGCACCCUGUCAUCACAAACAUUAGAAGCAUUAUUUUAAAAAUGAUUCAUUGCAUUUAAAAACACUUUGUUGUACCACUUUUGUUCUUUUUUGCUGGUAGGCCUGCCGCAUGGUGAUUAAAUGAGCUUUAUUUAAAGUAUGUAUGUUUGUGCUGUUAUCACUGCGAGGAUAUAAUUUAUUUAUUUAGCGUACAGUUUUAAUGAAAUGUAUUGUUUCAAGUGUUGGUUAAAGAAAGGGGGCUUGAAAAAGUGAAUCUUUCUUUGUGGCAGUUUCAUUUAAACCGUAGUUUGCAUGGUUUGUUUACACGUUGUAUUACAUGCAACAAGGAAUAUCAAACAGAGCAGUCAGCUGCCUGUUGCAUCAUGAGCAGUAACACAAUGGUGUUCUUUGCAGAAGUGUGUUCAGACAGCGACACUAUAUGUGACCUGUGUGGAUGGACGACACAUCAGAAUGAAAAAUCCAAUUGUAUCUUUUUGUUUUAAUGAACAUAAUUCAGAUAUAGAAAGACACUUUCCAUCUAUGAGAACCACAAAUAGUAUGCAGUUGGCUAUUUUUAUGUGAAGAUGUCGAACUGUUUAACCCUUUGCUUUACGGAGCGAUGUAUAUGGCUUUUUUGUUUAGAUUUAUUUUCCCUCCAGUUCUCACAAAAGAUAAAGGCUGUAAAGGCUAAGGGUUAAAAUGUAUGGCAUGAAAAGCAAAAAAUGCAUGUAGGGAUGGAUUAUAAAGAUUAUAUACUAUUUGUAAGCAUUUUUACAGAGCACAGUUCAGAAUCUGGUAUUUGUUGGUAUUUUUCUAAAAAUGUGCACAGCUGUAUUUUGACAACUUAUUUGUAACUGGCCAAUGUAAUAUAUGCAGCAUUUGACAACAAAACAUCUUAUUUGUAAUUGGUCAAUGUAAUAUACACUACAUUUUGGACAGCAGUAUGCUGCCAGUAAACAUAUUUAAAUAUUUUACUGUUUGAAUAGAAUAUUAACAGCACUGGAACCAUGUUAUCAAGUUGAGCUGAUAUUUCCUGUCCAUCAAACCCCAAGGAUUUCUGUGUUUUGGAGAUAUAUCACAAGAUAUUUCAAUGAGAAAUAAUAAAUUUAAAAAAAGACUCCAACUUA